UCGAUUUGAACAAAUUCUUACCAAACGGUGUAUUUUACUGAAUCCUCAUCAAACCCAUGUAUCAAUUCUUGUUGUGGUUUGAUUCUAUUUGGUUAAUAGAUGUGGGUGAACCAACUUGCUCUACCAUUUUUGGUUAAAUAAAAUACGGAGGAUUUGCUUGUUUAGCUCAUUCUAGUUGUCCGCGCUCAUCUCUUCCCUUCAGCACGGUUGCACCAUCUCAUCCUUCUUUCAGAGACAUUGAAACUACAAAUCUAUGCCAUAUUGAAGAAUCUCUUGGUGCUUAGAAAGGCUGCUAUUUAUGUUGGAACCCCAAUUGUGUCAAUGUGUUUAUGUGGUAUUACAUCUGAUUUAGAAGUAAAUAAGGCCAUACGGGGAAUGAGUGAGAUUUAACCUAAAAACGAUGCAAAGUUAAAGCUUUUGAUCAAUUGAGCUUCUGGAUACUCUUUGUUUAGUGCAGUGUGAUUUUUACCUCUCCUUGACAUUGAAUAUCUUUAUUCAUUUACCAUUUGUUUGGUUUGAGGGAAUGGGAGGGCAGGUAAUUUGUCCCCGGAGUUGGGAGGUUCUUGCUCCUCACAUUGUUUGAAUGGCAGGUGAACUAGAUGAAGUAGUUUUUCUACUCCUACAAAAUAGUGGUGUGUGGUAGGAUGGAGUGGUUUCACAGUACGCCUAAAUUACCUAUCAUCAUCAACGACAUCAUUCAGGCUCCCACCUAUGGUGGAAUAAGGAGGAGUUGGAUGCAGGUAAUGCUAUGGACAAGGGUGCAAAUGGAGAAGUUCUUGAAAAUGGAGGCAAUGAUAGAAUUAAAGGGAACCAGUUAAGUUUAGCUACAGACGUUGGCAAAGAUUUUGAAAUCAAUAUUGACGAUACUAUUGGCAGUCAACAGCAAGAGCAGAGCCCAAAUAUUGAUCGAAGCGCACCUGGUGCCAAAAGACCAAGAACAGCCCUUGGUGAAGAGCAACCAUCAGUUCAUGUUAUUUAUAAUGCCCUAACCAGUGAGAGAAAGCAUAAGCUUGAGGAGGUAUUACAGCAGUGGUCACAAUGGUGUGCUGAACACAGUCAUUCAUUACAUGAUGCAGAAGUGUUAGAAGCUGGUGAGAAGACUUAUUUCCCUGCUCUUCGUGUUGGUAUGGAUAAUAAGACUUCUGCAGUGUCUUUUUGGAUGGAUCUACCAAGGAAGAAAAAAAACAAGGUGUUCACCCCAUUUGAUGCAAACUCUGGCCCUAUUUAUGACCGUGGGGUCACAAUUGCUUUGAAUUCAUCAGAUGGUUCUAAUAAUUUGGAAGGAGGAGUGGAACUAGUUGAAGCUUCCCGUUGCUUUAAUUGUAACUCCUAUAGCCAUUCGAUGAAAGAUUGCAAGAAGCCUCGUGAUGCUGUCGCUGUCAAUUUUGCUAGGAAACAGCACAGAUCCAAACUGAACCUAAAUGCAGUUUCUCGCAUUCGGUAUUAUCAAAGCUCUGAAAGGGGAAAGUAUGAUGGUUUAAGCCCAGGCGUUCUUGAUGCAGAAACCCGGAAACUUUUGGGCCUAGGGGAGCUUGAUCCCCCUCCCUGGCUUCACAGAAUGCGGGAAAUAGGAUAUCCACCAGGUUAUCUAGAUCCCGAAGAAGAUCAUCUGCCGUCAGGAAUCACAAUAUUUGGCAAUGAUGAAACUACGGAAGAAGCAGAUGCCAGAGAAAUUCUUGAGAGAUCUGUAGAGCCACCUAAGAAAAUGAGCGUUAGAUUUCCAGGGAUAAAUGCUCCAAUUCCCGAUAAUGUAGAUAAACGGCAUUGGGGUGUAGGCCCCUCAAGUUCAGCCUCAAGAGCUCGUCCUUAUAGAAGACAUGCUAAUACAACGCCAGAUACUGUCAAAAGAGGCCAUGAUCUUGAGCAGCAAGGGAUUUUCUGCAUCCCAAGUGGACCCCAAAUGUCUAGGAGUUUUGAAGAAGAGGGACCUCCACCACAUUGGUUUAGGAGUAUUGAAGACGAAGGCCCAGUAAGUCAGCAGUUUAGGGAUUUUGAAGCAGAAGGUUGUCCGAGGCAGUGGUUUAGAGAUUUUGAAGAGGAGGCUCGUAUGAGGAAGUCGGUUUGGAGUAUCGACAAUGAAGGUCCUCUGAAUCAGCGGUUCAGGGAUUUGGAAGCCGAAGGUUACCCGAAGCAGUGGUUUCAAGAUUUUAAAGAUGAAUCUCGUAUGAGGAUGUGGCAUAGCAAUUCUGAAGAAGAAGCCCGUCGACAUGGGUGGUUUAGAGGGUGUGAAGGGGAAGGCGAUCCACAGCGACAGUUAGACUUCAAUGAUGAAUGGCGGCAUAUGGGCCAUUUCGCUGAGAUCAGCCCAUUUCCAUACAGACACGGGGAUUAUUAUGACUCCAAUUGUGGUGGCCCAAUAGAUGGCUUUAGGAGAUCGUUGUCUGACAGAGCAAGAAGAAGCCCACUAGCUGCAGAUGACGGUGCUUAUUUGUCUGGUUCGUACCCAAGAUAUAGGUGACGACUGCUCUGUGCACCAAGGAUGAUGUUAUACACUCUUUACCAGUUACCACCCUCAUUCAAAACAUUUGGUUUUGGACUUCUAGGUGUCAUCAAUUUAGGGUUUAGAUGGAUUUGUCCGAGAUUAAUUGUUUUCAUUUUUGUUAGGAGAUCUCCUUCAUGUGACAUUUCCUGACUUGAUAUUAGUAUAAUUAAUUAAUAGUUAACUUUUUGCAGUGGCAUAUUUUUAUUUUAUUUUAUCAAUGUUCAUAUCAGAUUCAUGGUCGACCAUUUCUAGUGAAGGUUGAAAGUGAUGUUUUGUUGUUGCCAGUUGCAAAAUGAACGGUUCAUUCCUAAUACGUAUUUUCUUGAU